AUGGCAGCCUCAUUCGCACGUAGCGCAUUGUUGCGCACAUCUCGUCUAAGCGCGACGCCCACCUCGUUCGCCUCGCGACAAGCUUCGCCCAUAUUCAAGCGAUUCCUCGCUACACCAGCAGAGCAGCCACGGUUGCGUUUGGGAUCAGUUGCACCAAACUUCCAGGCAAAAACGUCAAAAGGAGACAUUGACUUCCACUCAUGGCUGGGUGGUAAGUGGGCGAUCCUGUUCAGUCAUCCAGCAGACUUCACCCCAGUCUGCACGACCGAGCUGGGUGCUUUUGCGCGGUUGAAGGAUGAGUUCGAGAAGAGAGGCGUGCAGAUGAUCGGCCUGAGCGCCAACGAUCUGACCUCUCACGGCAAGUGGAUCGAAGACAUCAACGAGCUCUCGAAGACAAACCUCCAGUUCCCAAUCAUUGCCGACGCCGAUCGCAAAGUUGCAUACCUCUAUGACAUGAUCGAUCAGCAAGAUUUGGACAACAUCGACGAGAAGGGCAUUGCGUUCACAAUCCGAUCUGUCUUCGUAAUCGACCCAAGCAAGAAGAUCCGGUUGACGAUGAUGUAUCCUGCUUCAACUGGACGCAACACCUCGGAGGUGCUGAGGGUCAUCGACUCCCUGCAGACUGGCGACAAGAAGGGAGUGACCACGCCAAUCGAUUGGCAGGUUGGUGAUGAUGUGAUCAUUCCUCCAUCUGUCUCCACCGCGGACGCCAAGAAGAAGUUUGGCGAAGUCCGGGAGCUGAAGCCAUACCUCAGAUACACCAAGAUCUAG